ACACAACUUAUUUAACAUGAUCUAUGGUACCUAUUCACAAUGCAACAGUAGUACUAAUUAAUACUACGUACUCAAAACAUGGGUCUCUCGUUUCUUAUCCUUAUGGUGACCAUUGCAACCGCAGUUGCAUCUCCUAUCCACUUGCUAAUGCCGCAUUCUGGCUCCACCGGGCUCAAACACUCCGACCUUAACUGCAUGAGCUGGCGGCUGGCCGUGGAGACCGACAACCUCAAGGGAUGGACCCAAAUUCCGACAUCAUGCAUAGAAUAUGUCGGGCAUUACAUGCUUGGAAAACAAUACCGCGAGGACUGUGAUUAUGUCUUUUCUGAAGCCUAUGAGUAUGCCAAAGGCCUUAACCUCACAGGAGACGGCAAGGACGUUUGGGUUUUCGAUAUUGAUGAGACCACACUAUCUAAUGUCCCAUAUUACGCUAGCGAUGACGUUGCUUUCGGGUACAUACCAUAUAAUGCGACCAAGUUUGACGAAUGGACGGCGAAAGGAGUGGCACCCGCGGUACCAGGGUCGCUUAAACUCUACAAACAACUUAUAGAGUUGGGAUUUAAGAUUGUGUUUCUGACUGGCACAAGAGAAGCUUUCAAAGAACCUCGUAUCAGAAAUAUGAUUAAUAUUGGUUACACUCAGUGGGAGAAGUUCAUCCUAAAGGGAGACAAUUAUCAUGGUACCGCAGUAGAGUACAAAUCAGGAAAAAGAAAAGAGUUGGAAGAGGCUGGAUACAGGAUUAGAGGGAACAUGGGUGAUCAAUGGAGCGAUUUGAUCGGUACCAACGUCGGAGAUCGCACCUUCAAAGUGCCCGAUCCUAUGUACUACAUCGGCUAAUCGACUCGACUUCAUUCAUGCUUCAUGUUGCUUGUUGGUGCGAGGUCAUUUGUAUAAAUAAGGCUUGUUCAAAGUCGAGUAAAACUUUCGUUUAUGUAAUAAUUGGGAACUGAAGCACUUAUUGUUUUGAAUGAUCAUCUUCCUUCAGAAAAAACGUUUGUUCAUCAAUUUGAAAAAUUCUUUACAAAUUUAGUUAUAAAAGCCUUCACGUUUGCGGUUGUUGGCUACAAAUUAAAAUUAAAAAAUACAAAUAUUAAUACUUUAUUUAAAAAUAAAAUUCUUUAGAAAGAAAAUACAUAUAUUUAUAUAAUAUGAAAGACAAAGGUCGGUGGACCUUUGUCUUUAUAUGUAUCUCACAAAAGAAAAAGUACAAGAGGCGUGUACGAUCUAUUGGGGUGACCUAUUCCUCCAUUCUCCGAUCAAAUCCUCCGCCGGAAAACAGUCAAUUCCGGUAAUCAUCUCACUAAAUGAACAACUGAAUGAACGAUUGAUCGGUCGUGUACGUAUGGCGGAUAAGAAGAAGAUCAAGAGCGAAGCUAGCAGCAGCACCAGUACGAUCGAAAAUGUCAAAAGCGAAAGCGUCGUCGUUGACGUUGGUCGCCGGAGAAGCUCCUGCGGUUAAUGCAAAUCCGGUUCCAACACUAGCAUCACUCACGGUUACUUUCAGAUUUCACGCACUAAUUAGGUUUACUGUGGCUGUUUAAUUUGUUGAUUUCACUAAUCUGAUUAGACGUAUAUUAUGUUACAAAAGAUAAUAUGUGAAUUGUGAUCCUUUUGAUGAAUAGAAAGUGAACAAGUUUGUACU